UUCGCAACCACAUGAAAUUCAGCACCACUCACAUUUAUAAAAAAAGACGGCUAAUUUAAAACCACGAGUCACUUUUUUUUUCCAUUAAAGAGGAAAGGAACAGACUUUUUCUCCGGCGAAUAGGAAAAAAAAAAAAGAGAGAAGAAGAGUUUGGUUUGGUUAGGAAGAAUGGUAAAGGUAAUCGAUUCCCAUUACCUGACCAUCACCGCCAUUGUCACCGUGGUGUAUCAAUUAAUAUUCUUCGUGAUCACAGCUCUUUUCAAAUUCGAUCAAGUUACCGACUUUGCCGGAAGUACAAACUUCGUGAUACUUGCUGUCUUGACUCUGGUUCUCAAAGGCACUUGGCAUUUUCGUCAGGUAGUCUUGACUUCACUAGUAGUCGUAUGGGGACUUCGUCUUGGCAUGUUCCUCCUUAUGCGGAUCCUGAAAUGGGGUGAAGAUCGACGCUUUGAUGAAAUGCGUGAAAACAUGGGGAAACUAGUAGUCUUUUGGACUCUUCAGGCCGUGUGGGUUUGGACAGUUAGUUUACCUGUUACUCUUGUUAAUGCUAGCAACGGUGGAAGAUUGUUUCAGCCCGCAGAUGUUAUUGGUUGGGCUAUGUUUGUUGCAGGGUUCUUGGUGGAAGCUAUAGCUGAUCAACAAAAGCUUCUAUUUAAGAAUCGUCAAGAAAACAAAGGAAGAUGGUGCGAUGUUGGACUGUGGAAGUAUUCACGCCAUCCAAACUACUUUGGAGAGAUGUUGCUCUGGUGGGGCAUAUAUGUGGCUUCAUUGCCUGUUCUUAAAGGUGCAGAGUUCCUUGUCAUAGUUGGACCAAUCUUUCUCACUUUGCUGCUUUUCUUCGUUAGCGGCAUACCAUUACUCGAGGAAUCGGCAGACAAAAAGUAUGGUAACUUGGGAGCUUAUAGACACUAUAAGAAGACAACCAGUCCCCUGAUUCUGUUACCGAGAGGAGUGUACGGGUACUUACCAAAGUGGUGCAAAACAGUCUUUCUCUUUGAGUUUCCAUUGUACAGCAAGAAUCUCCCUCAAGAAACUACAGUCUGAGGAAACUCAAAAAAGAAACAUUGACUGAGAGAUGAAGAGAUGAUUACAGUCUUUGGCCACAUGUCCUGUGUUCUCUCAUGAUCAAACUCUCUUUUUGUAUAGAUUCUCAUUCCGUCUUAAAAUAUUCGUGAAACGUGAUUGAUACAUUGAUUGAGAAUACAAUUAAGAUUCAAAUCAACCUUAUAAACUGUUGAAAAGAGAAAAAUUACAUAUGAUUUAAAAAGUAA